AUGCUCCGAGCCUUUAGUCACACAAAUGGUAGGUGUGCGUUCUGUCACGCUAAGCGUUGGCUUCAUCGUGAGUCUGUGCUGGCAAUCAGGAGAGAAGAUGUUAAUGCUUGGGAAAGGAGAGCACCUCUAGCACCAAAGCAUGUUAAGGAGUUGACACAGAUGGGAUACAAGGUCUUGGUGCAGCCAUCGAACCGGAGAGCCAUCCAUGAAAAGGAUUAUGUCAAAGCCGGUGGCAUUAUUCAAGAAGAUAUUUCUGAGGCUUCUCUGAUAGUAGGUGUGAAGAGACCUCCAGAGGACAAAUUAAUCCCUAAAAAGAACUAUGCCUUCUUCUCUCACACUAUUAAAGCCCAAGAGGCAAACAUGCCCCUUUUGGAUGAGAUUCUAAGACAGGAAAUUCGACUGUUUGACUAUGAAAAAAUGGUUGAUCAUAAAGGAAUGCGAGUUGUGGCCUUUGGAAAGUGGGCUGGUGUAGCAGGAAUGAUCAACAUUCUACAUGGAUUGGGAUUACGAUUUUUAGCCCUGGGACAUCACACUCCCUUCAUGCACAUUGGGAUGGCACAUAACUACAGGAAUAGCAGUCAGGCUGUGCAGGCAGUACGGGAUGCCGGGUAUGAAAUUUCACUGGGAUUGAUGCCAAAGUCAGUUGGGCCCUUAACAUUUGUAUUUACAGGCACUGGUAAUGUUUCUAAGGGUGCUCAAGAAAUGUUCAGUGCUCUCCCAUGUGAGUUUGUGGAACCACAUGAGUUAAAGGAAGUUUCCAGAUCUGGAGACCUCAGAAAAGUGUAUGGUACAGUGUUAAGUCGUCACCAUCAUCUUGUAAGGAAACGUGAUGGAAUAUAUGAUCCGGUAGACUAUGAUAAACAUCCAGAACUUUACACUUCUCGUUUUAACACUGAUGUUGCACCCUAUACAACUUGUUUGGUUAAUGGCAUAUACUGGGAACAACAUACUCCUCGCUUGUUAAGUCGACAGGAUGCUCAGAGGCUGCUGUUGCCAGUUAGAUCUGCUGCUGGGGCAACGGACGGCUGUCCUGAGUUACCACACAAACUUCUGGCAAUAUGUGACAUUUCAGCAGACACUGGGGGAUCUAUAGAAUUUAUGACAGAGUGUACAACAAUUGACAGUCCAUUUUGUAUGUAUGAUGCUGACCAGCAUGUUAUUCAUGACAGUGUUGAAGGCUCUGGGGUUCUGAUGUGUUCCAUUGACAAUCUGCCAGCACAGCUUCCUAUAGAAGCAACAGAGUACUUUGGCGAUAUGCUUUUCCCGUAUAUUGAAGAGAUGCUGUUAUCAGAUGGCUCAGAACCUCUUGAAAGCCAGAAUUACUCACCUGUUGUUCGAGAUGCAGUGAUUGCAUCCAAUGGCUCACUGACAGCUAAGUAUGAAUAUAUCCAGAAAUUGAGGGAGAGCAGGGAAUACAGUCGGUCACUGAAGAUGGGUAGUAAGAAGACUGUUUUACUGCUCGGAUCUGGCUAUGUUUCUGGCCCUGUUCUUGAAUAUCUCACUAGAGAUUCCAACAUUGACAUCACAGUUGCAUCUGUCAUGAAGGAACAGCUUGAACAACUGACCAAAAAAUACAGCAACGUUACUUCAGUUCACAUGGAUGUCAUUAAGCAUGAGGACAAGCUGUCCUCUUUGGUGAAGAAACACGACCUUGUUAUCAGUUUGCUGCCUUAUUCAGCACAUCCUUUGGUUGCUAAGAAAUGUAUUGACAACAAAGUCAACCUAGUAACAGCCAGCUACUUAACACCAGCUAUGAAAGAACUCCAGGAGAGCGUAGAAGCUGCUGGUAUUACAGUUGUCAGUGAAAUGGGUUUGGAUCCUGGUCUUGACCAUAUGUUGGCGAUGGAAUGUAUUGACAAGGCAAAAGAAGUUGGUGCUACGGUUGUAUCCUACACUUCUUUCUGUGGUGGCCUACCAGCUCCAGAGCACUCUGACAAUCCUCUGAGAUACAAGUUCAGCUGGAGCCCACAAGGAGUGUUGCUGAAUACAGUUCAGUCUGCUACGUAUUUAAAAAAUGGAGAGAUUAUCAAUAUUCCAGCUGGAGGAGCUUUACUUGAUUCUGUUACUCCAAUGGAUUUUUUCCCAGGAUUAAAUCUUGAAGGUUUUCCUAACAGAGACAGUACAAAAUAUGCUGAGCCAUAUGGUAUUCAGACAGCUCACACUUUGUUGAGAGGCACCUUAAGAUACAAAGGAUACUCCAAAACUAUGGGAGGCUUUGUAAAACUAGGAUUAAUUAACCCAGAUCCUUAUCCUUUGCUAAGCUCAACCACGCCACCUCUAACCUGGAAAGAGCUCAUGUGCAAACUGGUGGGAAUUAAGCCGCCGGCUGAGUACCAUGUUCUUAAAGAAGCUGUGUUUAGCAAACUGGGAAAGGACAAAAAUCAGCUGGAGGCAGUGGAAUGGCUAGGUUUAUUGGGAGAUGAACCAGUUCCAGCAGCAGAUUCCAUUGUGGGGGCUCUUGCGAAGCACAUGGAGAUGAAGCUGCCCUUUGGCACUGGAGAGAGAGAUAUGAUUGUUAUGAGAAAUGAAAUAGGUCUCAGGCAUCCUUCUGGUCAUUUGGAAGACAAAUUUGUUGAUCUGGUUGUCUAUGGUGAUAAUAAAGGAUAUUCUGCGAUGGCUAAAACAGUAGGGUACCCCACGGCUAUUGCUGCUAAGAUGGUUCUGGAUGGUGAAAUAGAUGCCAAAGGCAUGGUUAUACCAUUGACGAAGAAUGUUUAUGGACCAAUACUGGAACGCGUUCGGGCAGAAGGCAUUGUGUACAGUACUCGCAGCGUUAUCAAACAGUAA